AUGGCUCCUGCUGUGAUGAACACCACAUUCAUUGAGAAUGUGACGGCAAACACCAGAGUCAGUGAGACCACCACAGUCAGUGAGAGUGUGACCUUGACCACACCCAUGAUCCUCAGCACCACAUCUCCAGGCUGCUCUGCCCUCAACACCUCCACCUGUGAGACCUGUGUCCCAGGGUCCUAUUCUGACAAUGACAAAGUGAAAGCUUCUUUGGCUCAAUGUAAAAUGAAGGUGGGUUCUUUCAGCCUCUGGCUGGACAACAGCGAUGUCAGCCCUGCAGCCAGGGUUUUUACACCAAUUUUACCGGCAGCCUUAUGUGUCAGUCCUGCUCCCCAGGCUCCUACAGCAACAACACAGGCUCCGACUCCUGCCGAAGCUGUUCUCCAGGUUUCUAUACAUCACAACAAAAUGCCACAUCGUGCAGUCCAUGUCAACAGGAACGUUCUGCAACUCCCCAGUUGUGCUCUGUGUCAGAUCUGUCCUGCUGGUACAGAGUCUCUGCAGCCAGCUGCCAAGGAGUGCACACCUUGUCGUCCAGGUAUGCACAAGGCUCCCCGUCAGAGUAUGUGUCAAAUCUGCAGCAGCGGCUUCUUCCAGAUCCGCUGGGGCCAGGAGACCUGUAACCUCUGCCCUGAAAACCACUACUGCCCAAGUCCAGAUGUGAACCCCAUCCUGUGCCCCGGUGAUGCCUUCUGUCCUGAAGGCAGCACUGCUCCAGGUUACUGCAUGGAGACCUUCUUUCGCAAGGCAGGGGAGGAGUGUGAGCUGGCCCCCGUCACCAUUGCUCUACUUGUCAUUGGAGGAGGAGCCCUACUCUUCGUCAUCCUGCUGGUGUUGCGUCGAAGGCGAGACACAGACGGAGAGCUUUCCCUCGUACGACAACCUCUGUUACGCAAAGAGCGGCCGCAAGGUCGAUACUACGGGAUCCCAUGUGAUGCCGAGCCAGUAUACGCUGGUUGGUGAGCAUGUCCUCAGCCCCAUCUGAUGCCUCCAAUUAUUGGGGUCAAAUGUCUGGCUUUCAGAGCAGAAUCAGCUGAAUUCUAUGUGCCUCAGCUUUGCACUAAUGGACCAUAAGAGAAAGCAAACUCACACCAAAUCCUAGCCAUGGUUGACUAUGUCCAUUUGAGUACUUUUGAUAACUCACCAGCUCUUUCAUGCGGUACGUCUUUUAGAUGUAUUCUUUUAUUUAUUUAACUAGGCAAGUCAGUUAAGAACAAAUUCUUAUUUUCAAUGACGGCCUAGGAACAGUAGGUUAACUGCCUUGUUCAGGGGCAGAAUGACAUAUUUUUACCUUGUCAGCUCGGGGAUUCGAUCUUACUAGUCCAACGCUCUAACCACUAGGCUACCUGCUGCCGUCAUUCUUGACAAGCAGAAGUGUUUCUCUUCUGUAUUUUGUGCUUUAGUGAAGGCUGACCCUAUUACAUUUGUUAAAAAGAAAAACACUGUUCUUUAAAAGAAAAGUAUAUUUGUAUGUUUUAAAGAAAAACACUGACUCCAGUCCAGGGUAUAUACUGGAAUAAAGCACAACUUUGCACUACUUGAGUGAAAUUCUGUUGUAUAAUUACUAGCCUAUAAAAUAAGAUGCACGCUGAAGUUAUUUCCAUGAUGCAAGUUUAUUAACACAAUGUCUGUAAAACACCAAACGGAUGUUUCAUGAGGUGUGCGAGCAAGAAAACUAACUUUUUACAGGAUCGCAAUCUGUCCUAAUGUGGUACACCGUAAUAGUUCAUUGCGUAACAAAAAAAGAUGGGGGGCCACCAUGGCAAGGUACAUCUCUGGUAUGUAAUGCUUUGCCACAUUAUUCAGAUAAUAGCUACCUGUGAUCAAUUCAAUGUUUUCUGUAAACUCUAUUGCUCUGUUUUACAAUCAUAAUAGCUAAUCUCUUGCCUAACAAGGCAACUUUCGUGGUUAUGAUUACCACAUUCUAAGGUUAUCAAAUGCCAGCUCAUACAUACUCUAGUCAGAUUAAUUGGUAGUUAUACACUGAGUAUACAAAACAGAAUGUUGAGUAAAAUUAAUUUAAACGUA